GGAGACGGGCUGCGUCUUGUGCGCAAGCGCAGCAGCGUCCGGGGAGGGGGGGUGGUCUGCUCCCAGCUGUCGGCCAUGUCGGUGCAGGAGGACCCGGUUCAGCGCGAGAUCCACCAGGACUGGGCCAACCGCGAGUACAUCGAGGUGAUCACCAGCUCCAUCAAGAAGAUCGCGGACUUCCUCAAUUCCUUCGACAUGUCCUGCCGCUCGCGCCUGGCCACGCUCAACGAGAAGCUGACGGCGCUGGAGAGGCGGAUCGAAUACAUCGAGGCCCGGGUAACAAAAGGUGAAACGCUGACAUAGGGUGGCGGAGGCUGGCAGGGAGCCAACCUGGAAAAAAAUGUGCAGCUGUUUACGAAGCUGACGAUCAGACAUCAAGUUUCUUCAUUUCUUAAUAUGGAUGGGAGUUACGCUCGUCUCUGCCCCUUGGGAAGCUGCAUCCCCUGUUUGGAGCCUGUGACUUUGUGCGGGUGAUUUCCACCUGAAAUGGCUAAAUUGUACAAGAGCAUGUUAUGUGGUUUUUAUACAAGCCGAUUUAUGCGCUUGCAAAGCUCUCUUUAACAGAAUCUUUAUGAAACCAAAUCUUCAUUUCUGAGAACACAAUGAUGGUGGUGAUGUUGUUUUUUAACAGUUGAAACAGACCAGGAUGUUGGGACUGUGCAUAGUGGGCAGUUUCAAUAUACACAGUCAGAGCAUCCUGCGGCUGACUUUUGCUGCUGGAAGGUAUCGAUUUAAUUCGCUGCAGUUGUCCAACAGAAUAAAUGUGCAGUAUGUUUUGGGGGCAGGGGGAGACUUAUGUGCCAAGGGAGGGGGGCUUAGUUUUCUAAGUAUUUUGUAUUCUCUGAUGUAACUUGGGGUAUCUUUUUUUCCAUUUGUGUUUCAACAAUAAAACCUCCUGUGCUUAACAA